UCAGCUAAUCUGUAGCCUUCAAGCGAACAACUUGACAUAUUAUGUGUUUACGUCUUGUUUCAUCUGUCACACUUUGGUUUUGUGAGAAUUUCCCCAAUUGAAGCCGCUGUGGUCGAAGGUUUCUCGGCAAGAAAAUGUCUGUUGCUAAAGACGAGACGCAGCAGAGGUUAAAGGCAGCAGUGCAUUAUACCGUGGGUCUUCUGGUGCAGAAGACGGGGGAGGACCACCACAUAAAGUUCAGCCGACAGGUCGUAGCAGCGAUAGCCGAGACAGCGUUCAGACAGUGCGAUAUAUUUGCUAAAGACCUGGAGGCCUUUGCAAGGCAUGCUAAAAGAAGCACCGUGUCUUCAGAAGAUGUAAAGCUCGCAGCCCGUCGCAGUACAGCGCUGUCGAUCUACAUACAAAAUAAAAGUGAAGAACUGAACCAGGAGCAGAGGGAUUUGAAAAAGAAGAGCACUGGGAAGAGGAAGAGCAGAGACACGGAGGAGAGCAUAGAAUAAGGACAGGAGGCAGGACCUGCAGCGUCUCACUUGCCCAACAUUCAGAUAAACAUGAAGGCUGACUAUUACAUGAAAAUAAGUGCAGUGUGGUCAGGGUGCCAAUCAUUCUUUCAUUUCACUUUCAAGGAUUCUACAUAAUACUGUAGUGUUAUGUACACUGCAGAUGUAGAGAAAAUAGCUCCCGACUGUUAUCUGUCCUGGGAACAGCUGAUGCAAUGUUAAAUAUUUGCAUUUGGCACUGGUUUGUCACAAUAAUAAAUAUGCAUGAACUGAUUUGAAAGUAUGCUUUUGUGACACUGACUAUCAAGGACUUUGCUAAAUGAUACACCUGCCUUUCUCCAAACAGGUAUUUCUUCUACGGUUAUCAGACCACUUUAUUAGGUACACAUGUAUAAUCUAAUGCAAUCAAUACACCUGCCACAGUCUACUUUCAUGAUGCCAAUCAUUUCCUCCCCUUUUGACACUUUAACAAUAACCGCCAUACUGUUUUAUUUGUCGAAAAUAGGGAGGACAAUCUCAAUAUAAUAAUUUAAUCUAUAUCUGCACCUAUCACCUCAGUGUCAAACAGAAUCUUUAAUUUAAACAUUUGUAUAAAAAAUAAAACUUAAUAUUUUCAACUCCCUAAAAGGUUGAAGUGUAUUGAUUUGCAAGAGAUUACAGGUACAUGUGUACCUCAAAGUGGCCAGUGUAUAAGAAUAUCUAAAUGUCACCAUUUCCAGAUCAGCAGUGUGCCUUUGCUUGAGCCAAA